UCACUCCGGGAGGAGGACGGGAUAAACGUUCCUCCAUCCCGUCGAGGAGGAGGAGGAGGAGAGAAGAGAGGGGAGGCAACCUGGUUACCACGGCGCCCGCUCUUCUCAUUCUUCUGUCUUCCACUUUUUUUUUCUCUUUUUCCCACUCUGCUCUCUCUCCUCCCCAACAGCAGCGUCUUGGCUCGUCGCCUCCUCCGGACUUCUCUUCUUCACGUUCGCCAUCAUCAUCAAGAGGAGCUCGACAAGACAGAUCAGCCCAAGAAUGAUGGCGUCGGGGCCGCCUUUGCUGUCGCCAUGACGAUGCCCUUCAGCCCGCUGACCAGCGACGAGGAGCACCAGAGGAUGCUGGGAAACAGCAGACACCCGUACCCGGGGGCGGAGGACGAAGAGGAAGAAGAGGAAGAGGAGGAAGAGGAGGAGAUGGAGGAAGACGAGCGCGACGAGGAUGGUGAGGAGGAGAACGGCGAACUGGAGGACGAGGUCGAGGUCCGGCGAGGUGGCGGCAGGGGCGAGGGGCCCAGGCAGUCGGGGAAAGGCGCCGGACGAGCUGGGAACCCGGGUCACGCAUCCAAUCCCUACUCGGCCAAUCCCCCGCAUCAGCAGCUGGCCAAUCAGCAGCAGCGGAGGCAGAAGGAGCGCACGUCCGGCUCUGGGCCGCCGCCCCCCGAAGACGCCCACAUCGCCAUGAUGGUGUUCCGCAUUGGCAUUCCGGACAUCAAACAAACGAAAUGCCUGCGCUUCAACCCAGACGCGACGGUGUGGAAGGCCAAGCAGCAGGUGCUGUGCUCGCUCACAGAGUCACUGCGAGACGUCCUCAACUACGGCCUCUUCCAGCCGGCCACCGACGGCCAUGACGCCAAAUUCCUGGAGGAGGAGCGACUACUCAAGGAGUACCCGCAGUCCUUUGAGAAGGGUGUGCCCUAUUUGGAGUUCCGAUACAAGACUCGAGUGUACAAGCAGACCAACUUGGAUGAGAAGCAGCUGGCCAAACUGCACACCAAGGCCAGUCUGAAGAAAUUCAUGGACUACAUCCAAACCAACGGUGUGGACAAGAUGAGCAAGUUCUUGGACAAAGGCCUCGAUCCCAACUACCAGGACACUGACACCGGCGAGACGCCGCUGUCGCUGGCGGUUCAGUGCGAGCCGGGCGGCGGCGAGCCCAUCCGGGUGUUGGUGGACGGGGGCGCCCACAUCGACUUCCGUGCCAAAGAUGGCCUCACGCCGCUCCACAAGGCCGUCCGAGGCCACCGCCAUAUUGCCCUGCUGGUCCUGCUAUCUCUGGGCGCCUCCCCGGACUACAAGGACCGUCGGGGUCUGACGCCGCUGUACCACACUGUGCUGACAGGGGGCGACACCUCGUGCUGUGAAACGCUGCUCUACCACCACGCCAAGUUGGGCAUCAGGGACGAGAACGGCUGGGACGAAACGCACCAGGCGUGUCAGAACGGCAAUUCUCAACACCUGGAGCACCUCCUCUUCUACGGGGCAGACUCCACCUCCCAGAAUGCAUCUGGAAACACUGCCUUGCACUUAUGUGCUUUAUACAACAAGGAAAGCUGUGCACGAAUUCUGCUGUACCGAGGAGCCAACAAAGAGACCAAGAACAACAGCGGCCAAACACCCUUCCAGGUGGCCGUCAUGUCGGGUCAUUUCGAGUUGGGGGAGAUCAUCAAAAACCACCGGGACGCCGAUGUAGUUCCCUUCGUGGAGUCUCCAAAGUACGCCCCCCAGAGGCGCGAGAGCACGCACACCCUGACGCUGCCUCACCCUCACCCGUUCCUGCGCGCCAACAGUGACAACAGCAUGAACUUGCCCGAGUGGAUGGCCGUGCCCAACUCGCUGAGCACCAACAUCGUCUCUGUGCAGGGAUUCAAACACACAGGAACCAUUCGCAGCUCCAGCAGUCCCCGCGGGGCCAGGACGCGGUCUCCGUCCCGAGGCAGGAUGGGGGACAAGGACGACCGUAGCCGGCAGCAGAGUCGCAAACAAGGGCCCGCCACUGCCCCGGCCGCCACCGGCACAGCCAGCACGCAGACGGCGGGCCAGCGCCGGCGCUUAUACAGCGCCGUGCCGGGACGCGUCUUUGUGGCCACGCGGGCGCACUCGGCCCAGGGCGAGCGGGAAAUCAGCUUUGGCAAGGGCGACAGGGUCAAAGUGUUGAGCGUGGGCGAAGGAGGCUACUGGGAGGGGACGGUCCGCGGUCGCACCGGCUGGUUCCCCUCCGACUGUGUGGAGGAAGUCUUGCUCCGAAGUCAAGAAGGCAAAUCUGAGAGCCGCGGGGAGCGCGCCAAGCGUUUGUUCCGACACUACACGGUGGGCUCCUACGACAGCUUUGACGCUCCCAGCGACUACAUCAUCAAGGAGAAGACGGUGCUUCUGCAGAAGAAAGACAGCGAGGGCUUCGGCUUUGUGCUGAGAGGUGCCAAAGCUCAGACCCCCAUCGAGGAGUUCACCCCGACGCCCGCCUUCCCCGCCCUGCAGUACCUGGAGUCAGUGGAUGAGGGCGGUGUCGCUUGGCGGGCCGGCCUUAGAAUGGGCGACUUCCUCAUCGAGGUCAAUGGUCAGAACGUGGUGAAGGUGGGUCACCGGCAGGUGGUCAACAUGAUCCGGCAGGGCGGCAACAGCCUGAUGGUCAAGGUGGUCAUGGUGACCCGCAACCCCGACAUGGAGGAGGGCGCCCGCAAGAAAAUCCCGCAGCAAAGCAAGAGGCUGAGCACACCCGCCAUCGCUCUGCGAUCCAAGUCCAUGACGUCCGAGUUAGAGGAGAUGGUGGAAAGAGCUGCCACCCCGUGGAAAAAAAAGUCAGAACUGGAAUCGUCCCAAGUGGCUGAGAAGAAGCGGACCGUCUAUCAGAUGGCUCUGAAUAAAUUAGAUGAAAUUCUUGCAGCGGCUCAGCAGACAAUCAGCACCAACGAGGCGGCGGGGACGCGGGGACAGGGGCCCAAACGGGACAGAGGGCGGACUUUCUAUAGCAACGAGCCAAACUACGCGGACCAGGCCGGCCCCGCAUCAUCCGGCCUGGUCCUGGCCUACGAGCGGGGCCACUACGCCUCGCCUCACGGCCCCCCGCAUGGUAUGCUGCGGCAGAAAUCCAUUGGAGUGCCCGAGGAGGAGAAGCAGUUCCUGCAUCCCCCGGGUAUGAAGUUUGCCCGAAGUCUGUCAGUGCCUGGCCCGGAUGAAAUCCCGCCACCCCCAACCACUGCACCACCGGACCCUCCCUAUUCCUCCGCGCCGCCCUUUGGUUGGAGAGCCAAGGCCUCCCAGCAGCCCUCGGUCUCCGUGUCGCAGUCCAUGGUGGCUUCCUCGUACUACCAGCCCUACUCGCAGGCAGUACACUUAACCCAACUGGGCAGGGAGAGGACAGGCGGCACAGCAGUGGACUACUCAACUUUCUAUUCCCAUGUGGGCACACACACUGCCCAAAGCAGGACUGCUACGCGUAAGGUUGCCAAUACUGGAGAGCCUCUCGGUGGUGGUGGUGGCGUCAAAGCGGCUGGUCUUCGGAGGGGCUACAGCAGCGCCAUCCCCCCAUCCAGCAUUGCGACAGUCAUGCCGCAGCAACAGCAGACGGGUCAACCGCAACGGCUAGAGCGCAGCGCAACAGGAGCAGGGGGUCCUAAAGGUGGCGCUCGGAGAGGCAAGGGUCCCCUGGUGAAACAAUCCAAGGUGGAGGACCUGCGAGCAGCCCAGGGCACACUCGCGGGCAAAGUGGAAAAGAGCUCCAUCCCCAUCCCCACUAUCAUCGUCAAGGCCCCGUCCACCAGCAGCAGCGGGCGUAGCAGCCAGGGCAGCAGCGUGGAGGCCGACACACCCGCUCCAGGGGAGGCGGAUGAAUCCAAAGCUCAUCAUGGUCCUCCUUCUCGUACCCCUGCCUCACAGCCCCCUGCGCCUCCCUCCAUUCCAGCGCCGCCACCGCCAUCGCUGCCGUCCAUGCGAGCCCAGGAUGGGCUGGACUUUACCAGCCAGUUUGGGGCAGCCGUCGUUGGUGCGGCUCGUCGGGACCGCGAACGCUUUCACGAAGCCCGCAGGAAGAGCGCCUCCCUAUUCAUGUCCGCAGACGAAGACAUGGGUCUGGGUAGUGACAGCAUGGGAGGACUAACGCGGGCUCACCUGUCGCAGCAGCAGCUCAACACACAAACUGAAAGUUCAAACUCCAAGCUUCGGCCUUCAAAGUCCAUUGACGAUGGCAUGUUCUCCGGGGACACCUUCAUCCACCACACCCGCAGCAUGCCUCCAGCCUUUGGACUACCGGAAUACUCUUCGCCCGCCCUGGACUAUCAGCCCAAGUCUGUUCCUGCCGACCUGUACACCGCUGCAGGCAGACAGCCCGCCCCGUCUUCCACUUUCAUUCACCCGCUGACAGGAAAAGCUCUGGAUCCCACGUCGCCUCUCGGGCUCGCCCUGGCAGCCAGAGAGCGCGCCCUACGAGACGACAGUCGGUUGAGAAGGGGCCCGGAGCGCCCCUUCAUCCGCCAGAUGUCCAGCGUAGUCUUCCCUUCGUCUACUGUCACCUCGCAGCCGGUCUCGUCCUCCGCCCAGUCCUCCAGCUCCUACUUAGUUACUUCCUCUUCGCUGGCUGCCACCACUCCUUCCGUUGGACGUCCACCCUCACCGAGAAUCCUCAGAGGGGGCGUGUGGGCCGAGGAGGGGGGCGGAGGUGUUGAAAGAGAACGGGAAGCGGGCGGCACUCGCGAGGGGCUCAGAGUUCGCUUCUCGGAGGACAAAACGGUCCACACACACCCGUACCAGUCCCAAGGGUAUCAGCCCAGCUUCAAGGAGAGAGAGCGGGAGCGGUCGAGGGAGCGAGAGAGGGAGGCCUCUCGGGAACAACAGCGGGAGAAAGAGCAGGAAGUCUACAUGAGGAGGGCGGAACAGGCCGCUAAUGAGCAGGCAUCCCAGCAGCCUCGGCGGCCCUCAUUCCUCAGGAUGGAGAGUCAAGCCGACGCUUACAUCUCGUCCCGCACCACGACCUCCACUUUACCAACCAGUACUCAGCAGACGAACGGUUCUUCUGGGAACACCGGGUCUGGCCUGAUGGUUCUUCCGCCGCCCGCCCCGUCGGUAGAUGCAGAUGAUGAAUUUGUCUACGCAGACCCCCUCCCACCGCCGUUAGAGUUUGCCAACAGCUUCGAUAGGGGAUACUCGCAACGCCGGCUUCUCCCCAACAUAAGCCAACAGAAGGCACCGCCUCCUCCACCUCCCCCACCACCGCCACCGCCUCCACCUGUCCAAAAAGAACUAUUUGGAAGUGCGUUUCCCACUCACACGCCCCUGCCGUCGCCCCAGGCGGGCGACUCCACCGCCUCUAGCCUCACGUCUUAUGACAGCGAGGUAGCUAAUCUGACCCAAUCGGCUCACUCCCCCUCUCAGACAUCGCCCAACCCACCACCUCGCCACUCACCUUCGAUCCUGCAGCCCACGUCAACCAGCGGACCUCCGCCCGCCGUGUCCCCGCCCCCAGGCGCCUAUCACAGACCCUUAUCCGUGUCCCAUCCUCACCACCUAUACAACAGCACCCAUGCUCCGGGGCGCUCCUCGCCCACGCCCCCGCUCACCGUAACGCCGCCCCCCGCCUACCGGGGCCCCCCAGCCCUUUCCUCCACGGCUGCCACCUCCGCCCCUCUGCGGGGCACCACUUCAUUUGCCACGACCACAAGCUGUGCCACCACAACCGCCGCUGCUGCCACCACAACAAGCACCUCCACACAGCUCUACCAUGAGCGAACGCAUGCCACAUACACCACCCCCAUUCAGAGCACUCACCACAGGACAGGGGAGCGUCACCGCCCGCCCCCCGCCGCCAAAAAGGGAGAAUCCCAGGAAACAGUGGUCGACUCUGGGAUAGAAGAGCUGGACAGCCGCAGUAGUAGCGACCACCACUUGGACAGCAUCCUGGCUAACGUUCGGGCUGACAGGUUGGAGCGAGGGGAAAGGGUGGGCAGUCGGUUAGCAGGCGGGACAGCAGAAUCGGGGGAACGUGGAGAUUUUCUCGAGUCGUACAUGAGCUACUUGGAUGGCCAAACUUUUGAGAUGCAGAAUGCCACAGCAGCAGCGUCAACCUACCCGAAAAGCAGCCGGUUCAGAGAGGGAAGUCGAGGGGGCGAGCUCCACAGACAGACCAGCACCGCCCCUGCGUCCUUCCACUCCAGAAGGCGAAGAGACGAACAUGAACGGGAAGAGCAGGAGGGUGAGGAGGGCGCCACGACGGAAGAUGAAAGCGGCCAGGACGGCUACGCCAUGAGGGAAAUGCAGAACUUAGGGCGUCCCAGCUCACCUUACUUUGAACGCCCGCGCACUCCCGAAAUGAAGCCUCUCUGGGGUGAAGGACAGAUGGGCGGUGAGACCGGGGGGCAGUUCAGGGCACUCUUGGAGGGGAAGAAGAUUUACCCUCCGGCAUCGAGUAUGAAGCCAAACAUGAUCAAUGAGCUGAACAGUAAACUGCACCAGAGAACUAAGGACAAUUGGAGCAACCAGAGACCCCUGAGCAGACACAGAUUCUCAGAAGAUUCAGUCUCAGCUCUGAGUCCUCCGUCGGCUCGCUCGCAGUCACCGUCGCCAAUCUCUUUAUCGCAACCUUCCCUUUGCCCGUCCCCGACCCCCACCUCCCAGUACCCCGACUGGGGGCGUUCGCCAUCCCCUCAGCCCACCGCCCCCUCGCAGCCUCCCCGCUCGCAUUCCCCGCUGUCCCCGACGUCAUAUUCCCCUUAUCCGACUUCCCCCAAGCACAGACCCGUCUACCGGACCAAAGCGCUUGAGUUCCAGUUCAUCCCAAACCGUGAGUCCCGCAAGGACCCUCACAUGCUCCAGCGCAGGCGGGCACCCAGUCCUCUAAUCUCCCCAUCAGAGAGGCCCAAAUUGGGGCCCCCCCGUCCCUCGUCCCUCCCUCUGCUCCCGACUUCUCCCCUGUACAGUGCCAUGUAUGAUCUACGGGGCUCAAUCACCCCACCCUCGCACGGCAACACUCUCGGAGACCCCUACUUCUCUCCCUCACCGCCCCUUUUUGCACCUUCCGGGGCCCCUCCUCCUCCAAACUCCACCUUGGUUGUUUCCCGCUCUCUUUCUCCCACUCACUUCCUGUCUGGGACAUCCUCUCCUCCCCUGCACCCGCCCACCUGUCUGAGCUACCCCCACCUGCCUCCCCCGACCCCGACCAAGCCCUUCGCCUCCAAGCCGCUGCCCUACUGGACCAAGUACGACGUGGCCGAUUGGCUGGGCUACCUGAAUCUGGCCGAGCACCGUGAGCGCUUCCUGGACAAUGAGAUCGACGGCACCCACCUGCCCUCGCUCACCAAGGACGACUACCUGGAUUUGGGCGUUACCCGUGUGGGCCAUCGUAUGAACAUCGAACGGGCCCUGAGAUCGAUGAUAGACAGGCUUUCCAGCAGCCACUUCCCCAUGUCAGUCCUCUCUCCUCGGGAUGAGGGAAGAAUGGAUGAUGGGAGUCACAGUUGAGGUGGCGGUAGAGGAGAUAUUCAAAGGAGUUGGUGGAUUGCCCCAAAAAUUAUCAUGUGGUGUCCCAAAAUGGAAUCAUCGGGAUAUGUCGGGACUAACCAAGGGCUCCCCUCCCCGUAUGCGACCCGCUCAUCUCGAAAGGACAUCACAAUACCAGGACUGACCAAUGCAACGGUAGGAAUUCCAAAUCGGGAGCUGGAAAAGCUUUUUGGUUGACGCUGGAGAAUAUAUCCAGGCUUACCUCAGCGCUGUGAUCCGACGUCACUUUUAAUGACAAAUGUACAGACUGAUGGUCACUGUAUCACGUUGUUGUAGCAUAAACAAGUGCCCAGACCCACAACAUCAAAAUGUUGCACACACUAAGGAAAGCCCUUUUGAGUGUUGAGUCCAUAUCAUACUAGUGCAAUGGUCCUCGCUGUUAAGACAAUUCAGCACACUAGCAGAACAAUUGUCUAACUAGUGAUGUGUCUUCCACUCGUGACUUCUACUCCUGUGUGACAUUUUUUGCGCACAAGUAGAACAAGUACAAGGUCACUCGUGUUCUACCAGUGCAAAGAUAUGUCACACAAUACUGGAAGGCAGAGACAGAAAAAUGUAAUUCACUUUUCCCCCCUAUCGUUCUACUCGUGCGCUGAAUUGUACUAUUAGAGGCUGCAAAUAGGGUACUAGUGCACAGACCAUUCAGGGCACUCGUAGGAUACCUAACUAAACCCAAACGGUUUACACACAUAAACAGACUUAAAUGCAAACACAGAAAAAAAACUUUAUGGGACGCAUACAGGUAUAUAGAGUAUAUAUAUAUAGAGCUAUAUCAUAAGUAUUUGGAUAAUUAAUAGCGAAGAUUGAGGACUUCCUGUGAGGCAAAACAACUUCCUGGAUACAAACUGCCAUGUUCCUCUCUUUCUUCCCAUCCAAGAGGACUCCUUUUACUACUCGGAUUCUUCGUACAAGUUUUUACCAGGCCGGCCGACGGACGUCGUUAGCGGGGAGAUUUUAUUUCGCCGUUGUCGUCCUUACUGUUAUUCCCACGUACGCUUUGAGUACCAGACAAAGUAUUUUUGCAUUCAAGCACA